GGCGGGCUUCCUGUGAUUUCUGGGCGCUGUUUGGUCGUCCGAACUGGUGCACGGUUUGUUUGAUUUUAAGCAAUAAUGAAAGAUUGAAGUGUUUGGAAGUUACUUUUGAAACAGAAGUGGGCACCGCCAACGUGUCUGCACCAGUUUAUGAAGACUCGAGUUAGAGAAGUAGUCUGUUGGUCCGCUUCUUGAGUACAUCACAAAUGAUCUUCACCUGAGCUGAAGUCAAGCCUCAUUUGGCUGUCACUCUUCUCCAUUGAAAACCAUGGCAGACAGUUUUUACAAGUUGGAAGAUGAAGUCUUCCCCAGUUUCCUCUGCAAAUCUCUGGACAGCACGAGUGGCCGUGCCACACUGGGGAAUGUGACAUUGGGUUCAGGCCCAGGACAUCCAGUGGCUGCCUCUACAGUGGCUAAAAUUAGACCCACGUCUGACAACAGAGGAGAUAAUGUUGAGGCAUCAUAUCUGGAGGGCAGAGAGCAGCAGCCAGCCAAUGCACAAUCAUCUGUUGGAGGACAGCGAAAUUUUGCCCUCAGCUUCAAAGAUGACUUAGACGAUGCAGAUGACUUCAUUGCAGCCCACCGUAUUUCAGACAUGCUGGUGAAGAUUAAUUUGGAUGAGAGUGCAUCCAGAAACCAAGGAUCCACAGUGGGGCUUCCUCCUGCACAACUGGGCUCAGUCCAUGGCCGGCCUACAGAACUUGGAACGGAGCUGUCAACAGGACUUCUUACGUUUACCCAGUAUGGACAUAAAGAUUUUACAGAUGCAAAGGUUCAGUCUUUACCAGCCACUGCUGAGGAGGACAGUGUGCAAAGUGAGGGAGUGGACAGUGACCAUUUCAGUGGUAGCAACUCCAGUUUCUUGGCAAAUGAGAAGCUCAUGUCAGUGGACAGCAUGAACAGCGACAUUACGGAUGAUGAUGUUGAUUCCAACGGCCUGCCUCACGAUGAGCUGGAACUAUAUUUCAAUAAGCUGGUUCCUCCUGCCAUGCAGAGAGGCAGAGUGGAGGGCCAGGAGAUUUCUGCCACAGGACUGCCAGUUGCUUCUGAUGACAUAUCAAACCUGAGUUCAACAGAAGCAGAACAGUACAGACACCACUUCCUUGAAGAUUAUGAUCAGGAGGACUUCCAGAUGCCGGACGUGCGUCUGGCUGCUACAGGUAUGGACUCCUGUCCUGCCAGUGAUGAGGACACGGAGGAUGAACUGGAGUCUGCCAGAAAGAACAGCAAUGCUACCAGGACACGGCUGCUGCCCAGCACCUCCAGGCAACUGGUUGGAGAGAGUAAUCGUCCCAGUUUCAGGCCAGGCUUAGAGGGAGGCAGUUCUGAUGACGAGCCUGCCAGCAGCCGUGGUGGUACCUCUCUGUCUGGAAUUGAACACAGACGAUCUGCUGAGGGUCAAGUCAUCAAUCCUCCGGUCACAGGUGAUGGAGGAGGAGGGGAUGGGAGCAGUGGAAGUGAAGAAAGUGGAAAUGAUGGUGGAGUUUCCACCAUGCCUCUCCCGGGGACCAACGUCCAGACCACCUAUGAUGUCCUCCGUGGGCUGGGGAUUGUGGGUAGCAGUGCUGUUGGUGACAAUGAGGACGAUGAUCUGAAUAAUCUGCCAGGACAUGGAAGAAACAGCCUUUCCAGACAUUCUGAGAUUGGUGACCGUGUGGGUCCUGUGGGAACUGGAGAGACCAGCUCUUCUGUGGGGGCAUUAGGGGGAGCUCACCGGCUUUCUCCCGUCAACUGGAGCAUGGUCCUGGACAGACAGGGGGCAUUGGAUGCUAUGGAGAGCACUGAGUCUGGCCCCUCUGUUGACCGACUGUUGGACUUGGGCUACCUGAGGAGUGGAGCUGGACUGAGGAGACCUCAGAACUCUGCAAACCUAACUGUAUCAAACCUUCAAGGCAGCCAAGAGAGCUUCCACCUCUCUCAGGUUCUCCCUCCAGAAUGCGAUGACAAGAAUGAUGACAACGAUGAUGAUGAUGACGAUGACGAUGAUGAUGGAGUAGAUGAGCCUGAUGGUGCCAGGCCUUUCUUGGGCUUAAGGGGUGGCCCUUGUGGUGAUGUGACUGGUGCAAACGCUUCAGGCAGUACAAGUGAAGAUGACAACAAUGUCCUCUCCACCUCACUGGAACCCAAAUAUUUUUCCCAGAGCUUCCACCAGGAAGAUUCAGAUGAUGGGUGGAAUCACUGCCCAGACAAUCUGGAGCUAGAGUUUCAACAAGGUAGCAGUGCCAGUCACGGUGUGGUGUACCAGAAUGAAGAAGGGCAGUGGGUCACUGACCUGGCAUAUUACUCUUCCUUUGAGAAGGAGGUUAAUGGGAAGACAUCAGAAGUUGCUGGCCAGUUUCAGACUGAAGACUUUGUUCCUUCUUGUGAUGCUCUGGAAUUGAUAGUGAAGGAUCAAGAGGAAUUUGAGAAGGAGCACCAGUUCAUGCAGGAGGAGAAGAUUGAACCAGCCAGCAGCAACAGCACCUUUAACAGUGACUCUUCUUGGAAGAUCCCCACCAGCAGUCACGUCCUCAUGAGGGCUUCCCAGGUCUCUUCAGAAUUUGAUAAAGGAGACCAAAGCUAUCUGCGACUAUCUUUGGGACAGUUUUUUGAACAACGCUCUGAAGCCCUAGGCUGCCUGGGCAGGACUGAUGAUAUGAAUGCAGUGAAACGGCCGUCCUUUGGUUACAUCAUUACCUCUCCAGAGAAAAGGGAACCGUUUGCCCUAAUUCACCCCUCAGAGCUCUCAGCUAAAGACAACUCUCCUCACAGUGACACCAUGGAACUUGGUGAUGCAGACAAAACCCUCAAUUCAGAGGAUUUGGACAAAACUCUUGAGGCACCAGGUAUAAGGAUGUCACCUAAAGGUGAUACUGAUCCAAAACCAUGUAAACAGGAGGACCAUUCUCUUAGAGCUGCGCUGACAGACCACAAUGGCUCUGGCUCUGAGUUAAGCUUGGGCAACCAAAGCUGCAUGUCCCCCGACAAUAAUAGCAGCCAUUUGAUGCUGAGCAUCAGUACAAUUGCUUCAGCCAUUGCUGAUGCAUCCAUCAGCACUGAUCCAUCGCAGCUGGCUGCCAUGAUCAUGGAGCUGUCCAAAAGGAGUAGGGCAAGGAACCAGCCUGAGUUUGUUGGUCCUGCUGUUAACUUCACAGAGGAAUCGUUCUCAGCUCAACACAUCCUCCCUGAGCCAUAUCAGAGCGCUUUGUUGGACACACUACAGAGAAGCACCUGUGUUGGAGAGCUGAGUGCCUUUGACAUGGAGAAGUACCUGAAAAAGACUGAUGUGUCAGGCAGCAGUGAUGCCUCUGUGGUACACACUACCUUUAACCUGUCUGACUGGUCUGAAAACCUCAAGAACUCUCCGAGGAACCAUCAGGCAGGAUAUCCUGAGGAACAGGGGACCACAGCUCAGCGAGUGGAUAGUGAGAGUCAACACAGGCCCACAAGUAUAAAAACUGAGGAAAGAGACAGAAGAGAAGAGACAGCAUUAAACGCAGACUCAUCCACAGUAUCAAUUUCAAAUGCAUCAUCUCCGGGUCAUAGGAGUGAUUCAAAAAGAAGCUCCAUUCCUCGUCCACGGACAUCUGCCAGAAGGUCUGUUGGCCCAGAGCAAUCUUCCACUGCUAAGCCCCCUGCAGACAAAGUAGGAGCAUGUGAUUACUCUGCUUCUUCUGCCAACAAGACUUGUGGUUCCUCAGGCAGGGCCCUCACAGAAAAUGGAUUCAAGCCAGGAGAACUGAACCCACAAGAAUCUAAUGCUAUUAGGUCUUCUUUAGAAACAUCACAAAAGAGUGAUAAAAGCUCUGCUACCUCACCUGGCUUGCCAAGAACCCCCCCAGGCUUGAAAGGCUUUAAAGGCGUCUCUCCUCCCCCACAGAGGGUGAGGAGUACAGGCCAGCAGCAGAAGCAGGACAGACCCAGAAACUCUCCAGACAUGAAACUACCACUCAAGAAUGUCAUGGCUGCUCCACUACCUUGUAGCACUGUGGAGCAUGUUGGUUUCUUACAGCCUCCACUAGCAGCUGAAAAGCUAAAGGGUUUUUCUGAGCCCCGUAUGGAGGAGACACAAUGCAACUUCAGACCGUCCACAUCUCCACUUACUCACUCCUCUCCAAGUCAGACCUCCAUUCCUAGUGCUGAUGGUGUGUUGUCACCUGCUUCGUCCAGUGGACGUCUGGCAGACAAACGUCCGGGUAAGGACCUCUCUCCUCAGUCUACCUGCUCCAGCCCUAGUCCCAGCAGGCUCACUUACAUCUCGGUGAAUGAUGGCACUGGUAUACCUACACCUGAAAAGCAAAAGAACAACUGUACCAUGGCACUGAGCACCACCAUCAUCAGAUUCAGUCCAACUCCACCUGUAGAACCAGAUACACAGUCUAACCUCGAUAUUCUUGGCCUGUCCAAAAGUCUGGACCAAGUGCAACCGCAGCAUUCAAAAAGUUUGGACCCACUACCAGCACAGCAUUGUAAAAGCCCAGAGCCUUCAUGUAGUGGUUCUGCACUGAGCUGUACUCGCAGCCAGAGUGAGUGUAACUUCCACUUCCCUGGGGACAGAACUGGUGAUCCUUCAGCAGGUUGCAGGAAGCAUCUCUCAGAGUCCAAUGUGAGACAGCUUAUAAAAGUGGACUCAGGCUAUUGCAGUAAUCUGAACAUACAGCAAGCUAGUACCAAUGUAGCUCCUCAGAGCUCUCAGCAUUGGAGAGCUGCGAGCUCAGUGUCAUCAUCGGGGUAUGCUGGUGGCCUUGGCGUGCCUGAGUCGUACUCAUCAGAGGGACUUCACUAUGUGCCCAUCCCCAGCUUUAAGCCCCAGUGUGCUGGCCUGAUUGACCUUCCCCCCCACCAAGGUGACAUGCAGUCUGUCGUUGUUGGACACUCUCUCUUUAACUCCCACCUGGCUCAGCAGUAUUUAAGACCUGAAGCUCCAUUACAUCCUGGUGCUUAUCAUGUGGGAGCAUCAAGAAAUGAUGUCUUUGGUGUGCCCUCGACAGGGAUAUCCAACAGUGAUCUUUCAGUGAGACACAUCCAUCCCACAUCAGGUCCUCUGGGGAUUUCUGGGGCUGCUGGGUCUCAUCACCUCCCUAGACCCCAUCAGAGCCAGCAAGACAUGGGAAUGAUGGGAAAGCCCUACAGUCAAUAUGGUGCAGAGCCACUGGUGACAGGCCAGGUGGUGGUGCCAGAGGAACUGCGGUUCCCUCACGCCUGCUGUGUUGGCAUCGCCUCACAGACUUCCCUCAGCUUCUUCAACCCCUCCGAAAGAUGGCAGCAAGUGUCGGUCACUGUCGCCAGCCUGGCCAUUGAUGGAGAGAAGGUGGAUAGUUUGCCAUACCAGUGGCUCAUCGUGAAGAAUAAGACAAUCAUUGGCCCUAAGACUACGGAGGAACAGAAAGUGUUGUUUAUCCCUCCACAAGCCGGUGUCUACCAGUGUGUCCUCAGUGUUUGCUCCUGGCCUGCGUCUGCUGAGACUGAGACGGUUGCCAGGGCCAAUAUCUUUGCUAAAAAGGUGGUGUUGGUUGCCAUAGCAGAGAAUCCUGCGCUUGAGGUUGAAGUAAGUAAAUCUGGCUGUCUGGACUUUGGAGACCUGCCAGGAGGCAGUGCCAAAUCCAUUCCCCUCAAACUGCUCAACAGGACUCAUGCUACAGUGCCCAUCCGUCUGGUCAUCAGCGCAAAUGCUACAGCAUGGCGAUGCUUCACCUUUUCCAAGCAACCUGUUGCCAUGACAUCUGAAGCAAUGCAGGCUGGACACUUGACCCCAGUGUCUUCUGCCUCAGUGAUGAAUCAUGUGAUGCACGCCAGUUACGGAGAGAAUCCACAGAGCUUCAUGGUCUGGGUUCACUUCCAAGCUCCUCAGAAAUACACAGUUUCUUCAGGAGAGCUCGGUCCGGCUGACGAAUACAGCGCACGGGUGGACAUUGAAGUGGACUCCCCUGGUCCGAGUCAUGUGAUCAAGAGUAUUCCCCUCAGGGCCAGGUCUGGAACUGCAAGGGUCCAUGCUCCUAAAGACCUGCAGACUGUCAGCCUGUCCGCUCCACUGGGUAAAUCCAGUCAACAGAUGCUGCCAUUAAAGAAUGCAGGAAACAUUGACGUGCAGCUAAAACUCAAGCACAGUGAUGCUGAUGACAGUUUCUCUGUCACACCUGAUGAACUGUCCCUGAGAGUGGAAGAGGAGCGAGGCAUCACGGUCUCCUUCAAAGCACAGGGCAGCCGAAAAUAUCGAGAAAGCCUCCUCACCAUCUUGGUGCUACCAUCAGGGCCUCAGUAUGAGGUAACCCUAAAAGGAGAAGUUGUCUCAGAGCACUCUGGGAAGCCCGCCAUUCCCUCUGCUGCUGCUUUCGGUCCUGGUGUGGCCAGUGAUGUUCCACCCAUUCUCUCCAAUAAACAGUUUGUCGCCUGGGGAGGGGUCACUCUGGGCCGAGCUGUCCAGCAGAAGCUGGUUCUAAGAAACAACUCGACCGGCGCCACCCUGCAGCUUCGUUUGCUUAUUCGUGGUCAAGACCAGGACUGUUUUCAGCUCCAAAGUAUGUUCAGUCCUGAGGAGCGCCUGACCCGACAUGGGGAGCUGUCCAUUCGUCCCAAAGAGGACGUGACCGUCCACCUGCUCUUUGCUCCCACUAGGGUGGCCUGCAUGUUGGCCAAGCUGGAGAUCAAACAGUCUGGAAUCCGGGCCUCACAGCCAGGGGUCAAAUUCACUAUUCCACUGUCGGGCUACGGUGGGACCAGCAACAUAAUCCUGGAGGACCAGAGGAAACAGGCGGACGGUUAUGUGGCAACAAUGACUGACAUUGCUGUCUGUCACGUCAGCAAAGUUUGUUUGUGCGUGAGGAACACUGGCUCCAGAGCAGCAUUCAUCAAAGCUGUGGCCUUCUCUGAUGUGCAGACACGAUCAGUGAUGGAACCCUCUGUCAUCAGCCUUGCCCCGUCACAGUUUGUACUCAAGGAAAGGACACAAGAGGUGAUCACUGUUCUAAUGAAGUCCACCCAAAGAGAAGAGAGUCUGUGUCAGUCUGCCAACGCACUGCUGGCUACUAUCUGUCUGUUUUGUGGAGAUGAGGUCUCCAGGCAGCAGUAUAGGAGAUUGCUUCAGAGCAAACCAGCGGCUGUGCGGAAGGCUCUGUCUGAGAACAGUCUGCUGAAAAAUGUUGACUUUAAUGAGAAGUUCCUGGGAGAAGAAAGUAUCACAGAGACCUACGACCUGCCCCAGCGGCCCAAUGAAGCUCACAUCUUCUAUGGAAACAUGAGUAAGAUAGUGGUGUCGUUACUGGGAAGUGCAAAGAGCACAGACUGUGAGCAGAGCAACCACACUGAGCUGCAGCCGCCCUCUGCCAGACGCAGUUCAGGGACUGUCAGUGGUUUGCCAAAUGGCAACGUGUCUCUGGACGUGCUGCCAGUGAAAGGUCCCCAAGGUCCUGCCCUGAGAGUGACGGAGCCCUCGUUGAAGGUCUCUGAGCCAUUACACAGGCAGUCUGAGUCCUGGACCAUCCAUCCAGAACAGCUUGUCCUCGCAUCUCCCACCAUCAAUGGUUCAGCCACCACCAGUCAGGUUCAGAUUCGGAACAAUACAUCCAGUGAGCUGAGCUUUGAUUUGUCCUGGCCAGCUCACUGUCUUACCAUCACCCCUCAGCAUGGAGUCAUUGAGCCUCAGUGCCACCUGCAAAUUUUGAUAAGCCCCAACCCUUCACUGGCAACUAAAUCUACACAGCUGCCAUGGAGUGGACAGAUUUAUGUCCAGUGUGACGGUCAACAAAAGUUCAUCAAGGUCCAGAUUCGUCGGGACCUGGCUCUGGACGUGUCUGCAGCUCCAGCAGACACAACCCUGUCGGCCCUGCCUCCUCAGGCUGCCACCCCAGUGGUGCCUGUGGCCAGGCUCACCACUAAGACCUUGCUGCCCCCACAGACCCCACAGGCAUCUCAAGCCCUGGUGAAGAUCAGUGACAAGACUAUCAUCUUCCCCACAACACACUCAGGGGAAACAUCAGAGGCCCAGCUGGAGGUGCACAACGGGGAAGUGGAAGUGAGGUGGUACCUGUCAUCAUUUGCUCCUCCAUAUGUCAAGGGGGUUGACAACACUGGAGAUGUUUACCGGGCCACCUACACGGCUUUCAGAUGCUCCAGAGUCUCAGGCACGCUGGGAGCUCAUGAGAAGAUGCAGGUGCCUAUUACUUUUCUGCCCAGGGACAGAGGGGACUAUGCCCAGUUCUGGGACUUGGAGUGCCACCCUGUGUCUGAGCCGCAGCAGAAAUCCAGAAUCCGCUUCCAACUCUGUGGCACUGGAAUCAAGUCUGGCCCAGUAGAAGGACCACAGGAAGGAGACUGCUCUCUGGUGAAGACAGAGGCCACGGUUAAAACCCGGAAGAGAGCUGAUGCCCCAGCAGGCAAAACCAGCCAGGAGGAGGCUGUGCGGAGGGGUGUGUACUCUCCACAAGAUCUCUACACCUUCCCAGCCACACGGCUGGGUGAGUCCAGCACUCUGAAGGUCAACAUCCGCAACAACUCGUCAGACAUGCAUGAGCUGAAAUUUGUAAACCCUAGGGAGCCCUUCCACAUCAAGCAUUCCAAAUAUUCCCUGAGAUCACAGCACUAUCUGAAGCUACCCGUCCAAUUCAAACCCAGUACUGCAGGCAGACACGCAGGCUUGCUGCUCAUCCAGUCAGAAACAAAUGGAAGUCUUGUUAUUCAGCUGACCGGUGAGGCAUUGCCUUGAAUUCACGAUGUACCAUCCUACGCCACCUCUUCAUGCUAGCUGGCUGGCUCUGGGUGGACGCUCUUCUCAUCACUGGACAGAUAAGAGUAACAGAGGAAAAGGCAAAACCACCAUCUGCUAAGGAUCAAAUAAAACUUCACUGGACUGAAAUCCUGCCUCUCAUUGUACUUUGAAAUGUAGACUGUAGCUGAGUAACUGGGGACUGCCAACGCAGCCCCAUCUGCCUCUGGAUGUGGCACAGGUGUCCUCAGCUGGCCCAUGAAAAAAUGAUUGUGCCUGAAGCUGAAUGAUUUGGUCUGACUGGCUCACAAUUAGUCUGCCUCGCUCUGGCAUUUCAGAGAGCUAAUGAUUUUUGUCACUUGACUCUGGAUCUGGUAUUUGCCUUAUCCCAGAGUCAUGUCACAAGGCAGCAUUGUUGUUGCCAUGGCCCUCGUCAGACAGCACCAGUUGGGAUACGUCUGGGAUUACUUUGAGUUGGUCGCACAGGAAUGCCUUUGUUUUUUGUUUGGUGACAUGCCUGCAGGGAUAAUUUUCUCUCUUUUUUUGGGUUGGACAAGCCAAACAGCAAGGAAAAAUAAAAAGUGAGCUUGGGCAUUUUUGGUCUGAAAUCACUGUAGGAAAUUUCUGUCACUAACUCGUGAUUGUAGCAAGAUGUUUUUUGUUUUUUUUAGAUAAUAAUUUUUAAAAAACCCUCAGAUUUUCAAAUCUAGAUCCAUCUUCAUUUCAUUAAAUGUUCCUAGUUUUCUGUACUGUUGUAGUUUCCAUGGAAAUGGCUCCUCAUGAUGCAGAGCCCACCUGCACGGUGGCCUUUGUCCACACCAUGUGUUGACUUCCCAGCAACCUCCAAGACUCGUUCCAAACAGUCCAGAUGUACUUAAUUUAGUCAUGAUCAGGGCAGCUCACGGCAGCAUUAGGAUGGUUAAUGAUUGUUAUUACAUGCUAAAAGAGGUUCCUCUGGUGAGGUUUUUUGUUCGGCAGCUUGCCAGGCCUGCUUAGUAUGGUUACCAUGGCAAAACAGUGUUAAUCACUGUUCCAGUCAAAGAAAAUUAGCUUCCCAUUUCCUCCUUUGGCUCUGGGGCAAAUGGCCAAAAUUGUUCAGGGAUGCUGGAUUCACAUCCGUAAUCGGUUUUAGAACUGGAAUGGCAUGGGAAAAUGUAGGUAAACUUCAUCAAGGAUGUGUUAGAUACUACACAUUGUGAUGACACUUUGGAAAUGAAAAACACUAUUGGUGAGCAGUACUUUCCUGCUUGUAGCGCAAGUUUUAAUAUGAAGGCAGUGUAAUAUCACAGGUUGCUCUCGACAUGCCCUGACAGCUAUGAGAUCAUUUUGGUUUACAAUUUGCACAUUCUAUAAAUAGUAUAUAAUGUAAUAUAUUGUUGUAUGUACACAUUUUAAAUAAAGUUUUGUGAUAAAUA